AUGUCGGAAGUUCCGCACACUUCCCAAGUCACUCUGCCCGUGACCUCUCUUUGGGCUAAUCGCAAAUGCCUGAUCAUUGCCUGCAUCGUCGCGACUGCGAAUACCCAAUAUGGCUUCGAUAGUGCAGCCAUCGGCGCUCUCCAGGCCAUGCCCGGCUUCUUGAAAGUAUUUGGCUUCGAAGAUCCAAGCAGCCCGCUCGGCUACGGCAUCGACAGCACGUUCCAACAACUCAUCGGCUCGCUCUUGACGCUGGGCGCGUUCCUCUCAUCCAUACUUGCCGGCACUUUUGGUGCCUUUUACGGUCGCAAGACAGCUCUCUGGUUGGCAUGUGCCUUGAAUUGCGUCGGAUUGGCCAUUCAGAUUGGUACCACCAACAAAGGAGUGGUCUACCUUGGUCGCAUUGUCCUAGGAUUCUCGAAUGGCUUCCUCGUCACGUUCUCGAACAUAUACACUGCCGAGAUCGCUCCAGCUCAUCUCAGGGGAGUUAUGGUGGCGCUGUUCGCCUACUGGGUCAAUAUCGGUGCUAUCAUCGGCACCAUCGUCGACAACUAUACCAAGGACCGUAUGGAUAAAGGCUCCUAUCAAAUUCCGAUCGGCAGUCUCUAUAUUGUGCCGGUCCUUCUGGCCAUCGGGUUGUUUUUCGUCCCCGAAACUCCCCGUUGGUUGCUACACCAUAACAAAGAGAGUCAGGCCAGAAAAUCCUUGGAGACAUUGCGAGCAAAUUCGCUGGCUCCGGAAUAUUUUGAGCUCGAAUGGGCCGAAAUGGUUCGCGGCGUCGAGGAAGAAAGGAAGACUGCGAAGUCUGUUGGGUUCUUGGAUAUGUUUCGUGGUGCCGACUUGCGACGGACGCUUUUGUGUUGGGGAACGAUCAUGACACAAGCAGGCAGCGGAUCGUGGUUCCCGAUCGCCUAUCAGACAUACUUUUUCCAGAUUGCCGGAAUCAAACAGGCCUUCCAGUACUCGAUCAUGAUCACCUGCAUCGGAUUCGUCGGAGUCAACUGCGGCAUGUACGCCAUGCGCCAUUUGGUGGGAAGGAGAUUCAUCUGUAUCUUUGGGUCACUCGUGACAAGUUUCUGCUUCCUUGGGAUGGCGGUCGCGCAAAGUACUUCCCCUGGUACCCUUACCACCGGUAAAGUGACUGUGGCAAUGACCACAAUUUUUGGCUUCUUCUACAAUGGCUGUGUCGGCGCUGCCACGUAUCCCGUGGCUACGGAACUUGUCAGCUCCCGCCUCCGUGCGUGGACAGUCGGAUCGGCCACGUCAAUCCAGUACGUCUUCGCAUGGCUGACCAGUUUCUGCACGCCGUACUUCAUCAACCCUGGUGAUUUGAACUGGGGUCCUAAAUACGGAUAUAUCUGGUUCGGCAGCAACAUUGCUUGCGCGAUCUUCUACUUCUUUUGCAUUCCCGAAUUGAAAGGGAGAUCAUUGGAGGAGAUUGACGAGCUGUUCGAGAAGCGAGUUGGCGUCUUCAAGUUCAAGACGUAUCGCACAGAGAUCCAGGAGAAAGCGCUACACGACGUUCAAGCCAACACUGGUGCUUUCUUGGAAAAGCAGCCAGCGACCAGUCACGUUGAGGUUGAACAGUCGGAAGCAAAGACUGCAUGA